AUGACAGGGACCCCCAGCCAUUCCUUUCAGUUUCCUCUGCUUACCCGUCAUGCUGACACAGAUCCUUUACUGACUUUGAUAGUAAAUGGCAAGGAAACUGUCUUUCUUGUGGACACGGGGGCCACACGCUCCACUUUGUCACUGUUGGAGGUCCCUUCCUCGAAGGACACUGUAAAAAUUCUCACUGCUUCAGGACAGCCACACACUUUACUAGUUUCAAAACCUCUGAAAGUGCAACUCAGCACGGACAGCUCUUCAUUAACUCAUCGCUUCCUGUUAAAUCAUCUGUGCCCUGUCAAUCUACUAGGAAGAGACCUCAUGACUAAACUGGCAGGGGAGCCUACCUGCCGUCUGCUAGCAAGCCCAGCAAUGCCUGUUUUCACAAAGGAAGGAGACAUUAUAAUUGGAGGGAUAUUUGUUUUUCAUGGUCUUGAAAACACCAAGAAUGCAUUUAAAGAUGUUCCUGUACUACCUAAGUGUAAAGGUUUAAAUUUUAGGGAAUUCCAGUUUGCUAAAGCUAUGAUCUUUGCCGUAGAAGAAAUUAACAACAGUUCAGAUAUACUACCUGGAGUUUCUGUUGGCUACAGAAUAUAUGAUGCUUGUACUUCAAUUCAACUGGGUAUAAGAGCCGCAAUGGCUUUAAUGAACGCUCCUGAUGAAGACAUGUUCUCUGACACUUCUUGCAAGAAAUCCUCAAAUGUUCAUGCUAUCAUAGGGAUGUCAGGUUCUUCACACACCAUUGGAGUUGCUAGAGUAAUUCGGUCCUUUCACAUACCACUGAUAAGCUAUGUUGCGACCUGUGCUUGUCUUAGUAACAAACAGGAGUACCCAACUUUCUUCAGGACAAUACCAAGUGACUAUUACCAAAGCCGAGCCCUAGCACAGAUUGUGAAGCACUUUGGGUGGACUUGGAUUGGGACAGUGAGAAGUGACAACGAUUAUGGUAACCUAGGAAUGGCUACCUUUAUACAAGCUGUUCAGCAGGAAGGGAUAUGUAUUGAAUAUACAGAGGCUGUGUACAUUAGUUACCCAAGAGAAAAAAUUAUAAAAACUGCACGUGUUAUAAAAGAAUCAUCUUCUAAGGUGAUUGUAGCUUUUCUUUCUUUAUUGGAUAUGGACAUACUAUUGAAAGAACUGACUUUGCAGAAUGUUACAGGUUUACAAUGGAUUGGAAGUGAAGGGUGGAUUUCAGCAAGAAUCUUUGCAACUGAAGAGGUCUAUCAGAUUCUUGGUGGUGCAAUUGGGUUUGCCAUUACAGACUCCUUGAUACCUGGAUUAAAAGACUAUAUGCUAAAUGUACACCCAUCUGACACUCCUGGCAAUGCUUUGAUGAAUGAGUUUUGGGAAACUAUUUUCAGCUGCUCAAUGAAUUCAAAUACCAAUGCAUCAAAAUGUACGGGUUUGGAAAAUUUAAGAGAAAUGAAAAAUGAGUAUACUGAUGUGACUGAACUAAGAAUUCCUAGUAAUGUUUAUAAGGCUGUAUAUGCUGUAGCAUAUUCAUUGCAUAGUCUUUUGAAAUGCAAACAGGAACAAGUAGGUGUAGGCAACAAAACCUGUGAAAAUGAAUUACCAGUAGAGCCAUGGCAGGUGGUUCAGCAGUUAAAGAAUGUUAAUUUCACAACCAUCUAUGGAGAAAAUAUUUAUUUUGAUAGAAAUGGUGAUCCAGCAGCAAAAUAUGAAUUAGUGAACUGGCAAAUGAAUAAUCUGGGGACUGUAAAAUUUGUUAAAAUUGGUAUUUAUGAUGCAUCUUUACCUGAUGGGCACCAGUUUAUAAUGAAUAAUAUUAGCAUUGUGUGGGCAGGAAACAGGACAUGGAUUCCCAGAUCAGUCUGCAGUGAUGACUGCCUGCCAGGCACACGAAAAGGUUCAAAGGGAAAACCCAUUUGCUGUUUUGACUGUGUUCCAUGUGCUGAAGGAGAAUUUAGCAAUGCAACAAAUGCCAUUGAUUGUUUGAGCUGUCCAUUGGAUUACAAUUCAAAUGAACAGAAAGAUCAUUGUGUAUUAAAAGUAAUAGAAUUUUUGUCAUUUGGUGAAAUCAUGGGUAUAAUUCUGGUCACAUGCUCCCUAUUUGGUGUCACACUCACUGCCCUUGUAGCCUCUAUUUUUUUCUAUUACAAGGAAACCCCUGUUGUUAAAGCUAACAACUCUGAACUAAGUUUUCUUCUUCUGCUUUCAUUAAUGCUGUGCUUCAGUUGCUCCCUUACUUUCAUUGGUGAGCCCUCUCAAUGGUCCUGCACCAUUCGUCACACAACCUUUGGCAUCACUUUUGUUCUUUGUAUUUCUUGUAUUCUGGCAAAAACCAUUGUGGUACUAAUGGCUUUUAGGGCAACACUUCCAGGAAAUAACAUUAUGAAAUGGUUUGGGCCAACUCAACAGCGGUUAAGUGUUUUAGCUUUUACCCUCAUCCAGGUUUUGAUCUGUGCAUUAUGGCUGAUAAUUUCACCACCAUUUCCACACAAAAAUAUGGUGUUAUACAAAGAGAAAAUUAUCUUUGAAUGUGAUUUGGGCUCACCUACAGCCUUUUAUGCAGUUUUAGGAUAUAUUGGUUUUCUCUCUGCCAUGUGUUUUAUUUUGGCAUUUUUGGCUCGGAAAUUACCUGACAACUUUAAUGAAGCAAAAUUCAUCACAUUUAGUAUGCUUUUGUUUUGUGCUGUCUGGAUCUCUUUUAUCCCAGCGUACAUCAGUUCCCCAGGAAAGUAUAUUGUGGCAGUAGAAAUCUUUGCUAUUUUAACUUCAAGCUUUGGUUUGCUACUCUGUAUUUUUGCUCCAAAAUGCUAUAUAAUCCUUUUAAAACCAGAAGAAAACACAAAGAAACACUUAAUGGGUAAGGCAUUGACAAAUUAGUGUGAAAUAUGGUAAAUCCCCAUGUCUGGCAGAAAAUGCACCAUUACUGUAACUUAGGCCAUCUC